AUGGGAAGUGUGUCAGAAAUGUGCUUCGAUUGCCUUCAACGGCGAAUCGAAGCCCAUUUCUCCGGCCGACUCACCUUCAUCCACGGCCUCUCCGAUUCAACCGUCCCUUUUGGUUCCCGAGCAGUCGUUCAGGUGCCGGAAUCCGGUGAAGUACCACCGCAGCAGUUCAUUUUGGAUUACGUGCCUUACAGUAGAUACGAUUGCCUGGGCAGAUACGUGGAUGAUUAUUGUGAGCCUGAAGGUGGUGAUGUGAGCACCGUGGAGAAACCGAGCCCUUCUUGCGUAGAGCAAGAUCAAGCAGAGGUCAGUCUUGGAAUUUGUAAUGAUAGAAAUACUGCUUUAGAUUCUGCACCAACUGAAUGUCGGCGUUUCCCGAAUGGUGGCAGAAUCGAGUUCCAUAUGGGUUGUGAAAAAUGUAGAACGUUGACUAGGUUUUCUUGCUCGAGGACCAUAACUUCGUUGGCCCCGACUGCUCAGAUUGGUCAUGCGUCCGGUGAAUUAUUUGAUGAGCUUGCUUUGAGUUUCUCGUCUGGUUUGAAUGAAGAUCAACUUCUGCAUUCGAUAAGCCAUCUUAUGGAAGGAAAGUCCACAACAAGAGAAAGUGUAAAUUUUCUUAGUUUGGUUGGACUGCCAACAUUUGAGGAUGAGGGGUUUCCUGGCUGCAUAAGGCAUCCAAAUAUUUGUCCCGUUUUGGGAAUGCUAAAGUCAUCUUGCCAAAUUGGCCUUGUAUUUCCAAAGGCACCAUAUACACUUGAAAACAUUCUGCACUAUAGCCCUAGUUCCAUAAAGUCUGAUUGGAUGAUGCAGCUCCUAAUUUAUCAAAUACUAUCGGCUCUUUCUUACAUGCAUGGUCUGGGUGUUGCCCAUGGUGAUUUGGUACCAUCCAACAUUAUGUUGUCCGACACAUUAUGGUGUUGGUUACAAAUUGGUGGGAAACAGCUGCUGAACUCGAAGGUGGAUCCAAGUGAUGGUUUCCGUGAACCUUCUGCUCAUGGUUUUUGUUCCGAAUGUAUUUCCUCUCGUGAAAUUUAUGCUGAUUUAAGUAUCACCGAAUCUCGAAAUUGGAAGUCUAGUUUCUACAGUUGGUGGAAGGGGGAGCUCAGUAAUUUUGAGUAUCUGCUUAUUUUAAACAGAUUAGCAGGAAGGAGGUGGGGUGACCACACCUUUUACACUGUUAUGCCUUGGGUCAUAGAUUUUACCAUGAAACCUGAUGAAGAAAGCAAUGCAGGGUGGAGAGAUCUGAGCAAGAGCAAGUGGCACUUGGCAAAAGGCGACGAGCAGUUGGACUUCACUUAUUCAACAUCUGAAAUCCCUCACCAUGUGUCUGAUGAAUGCCUGUCCGAAUUGGCUGUUUGCAGUUACAAAGCUCGGAGGUUGCCUCUGAGUGUUCUCCGAACUGCUGUCCGUUCAGUUUAUGAACCUAAUGAGUAUCCCUCUAACAUGCAACGACUGUAUCAAUGGACCCCUGAUGAGUGUAUUCCUGAAUUCUACUGUGAUCCCAGCAUAUUUUAUUCCAUACAUACUGGCAUGCCAGAUUUGGCUGUUCCUUCAUGGGCAGGCUCUCCGGAGGAGUUCAUCAAGUUGCAUAAAGAUGCCCUGGAGAGUUACCGAGUCUCAUGUCAAAUACACCACUGGAUUGACCUCACCUUCGGCUACAAAAUGUCCGGUGAGGCUGCCAUUGCUGCUAAAAAUGUGAUGUUGCCAGCAUCAACUUCCACAUUACCGAGGUCAACGGGGAGGUUCCAGCUUUUCACUCAACCUCACCCUCCUCGUCAAAUUGUUGCAAGGGGAGCUCGUGAGAACAGAUGUCAAAUUAAAGUGAAUGAUAUUCAGGGCAAGCAUCUGGUUAUUGAAGCUAAUUCUUUAAGUGAACUGGAAGAAGCAACUUCAUUCUGUGAGAACUCCUGGCAUUUAGAUCCUAAUUACCUAAUUCCAUCUAGUGAAAGUUUGAAGGAUGAUCCCCACAAAAAUGAGCUUUUGAGGGAUAGUUCCGAAAAUAUGUUAUCUACAGAUCCUGACUCUUCAAGGAACUACAGCCCCACCUCAAUUAUUGAUUCAGAUUAUAUUAUUGAGAAUAUUGAAGUGGAUGAUGAUUCUUGGGGAUAUCAAGAACUACUGCUUUGGAGGCAGACAUCUUUCUCAAAGAUAAAUUCCAAGGAAGCUGCCGAAGAUAUAUUUGCUGUCGGGUGUAUUUUAGCCGAACUUCACUUGAAGAAGCCUCUUUUUGGUCCGAGUUCAUUUGCGUCAUACAUGGAGAGUGGUGUCCUCCCAAGUUCAAUGCAGGGCCUUCCCCAUUGCAUGAAAGUUUUUAUUGAGGCCUGCAUUCAGAAGGAGUGGGACAGGAGGCCUUCUGCCAAAUGCCUUUUGGAAUCUCCAUACUUCAUGAAAUCAGUCAAGUCAGCCUACUUGUUUUUGGCUUCAUUUCAUCUUCUAGCAAAAGAUGAAUCCCGUCUUCAGUAUGCUGCUACUUUUGCAAGACGAGGAGCUCUGAAAGCCAUGGGAGCUUUUGGCACUGAAAUAUGUGCUCCUUUUUGUUUACAGUUGGUAGUGGCUUCUGCCUCAGAUACUGAAGCUGAAUGGGCCUAUGUACUGCUUACUGAAUUUCUCAGAUACUUAAAAUUAGGGGCCGUUAUGAAGCUUAUCGUGCCAUCUAUCCAAAGAAUUUUGCAGGGUACAAGCCAUUUGCAUUUGAAGGUUUCUCUUCUUCAAGGCUCAUUUAUGCAGGAGAUAUGGAAUAGGAUAGGUAAGCAAGCAUACCUUGAGACAAUACAUCCACUUAUAAUAUCAAAUCUGUGUGCUACUCCUCCUAAGAGCUCAAGUGGUGCUGCCGCCGUUCUACUCAUUGGGUCCAGUGAAGAGCUUGGUGUACCGAUUACUUUCCAUCAGACAAUUUUACCUUUGAUGCUCUCUUUUGGCAAGGGAAUAUCCAAUGAUGGAGUUGACGUGUUAAUUAGAAUUGGUGGGCUUUUUGGAGAAAAUUUCAUCGUGAAACAAAUUAUUUCAUUGUUGCAUAAAGUGAUCCACUCUUGCAUCUGCACUUUACAUGUUAAUAAACCUGAACCCAUGCAGAGUUGGGGUUCCUUGGCCUUGAUGGAUUGUCUGACAGUACUAGAUGGUUUUGUUCCUACAUUAACUACUGAUACAAUUGUGAAGGAGCUAAUUGAGGAAGGAAAUUGCCAGUAUGUUAAGAUUCUCAUGCACAAAGACAUGGGAUUCCUGGUGCUUCAGAAUGCUGCUAAAGGCCUCAUUAGAAUCUGCCAGCAGAUAGGUCCAGACUCAACUGCAUUGCAUGUUCUGCCAAAACUAAAGGAGUUAUUCUAUGAGGUCGCUUUUACUCAGAAAGAGAACAGUCAAUCUGUUUAUUUGAUUGGAAGCGUUGUGGAACCUAGAGCAAAUGUGAGGGAAGAAGAUUGCUGUGAAAGCCGCAUGGAUUUGGUGUUACGUUUGUAUUCUCAGCUUGCUUCUCUUCUUGGAAUAGAGAAACUCCGCCAGUGCUGUGCAAUGUGGUUGAUUCUUGAACAACUCCUUUUACGGCAUCAUAACUGGAAAUGGGAAUAUGCAGGGGAUUCCAAUCAAAAUUGUCCUGAGAGCAUAAAUUUUAGAAGACACUCUUACAACAAGGGUUCCACAUCUGAAGACUUACCAGCCAAACUCCUAGUCAAUGGGGUUGGAUGGUCAAGACCUCAAUCACAGGGUAAGAAAGGUUCCAAAAACCUUUAUCCAGGUAAACAUAUGGUCACAAAUAAUCAGAGUUCUAUUGAGAGGUAUGGCACGAGUUCAAGAUUAGAUAUGCGAGAACCUUGGUAUUGGUUCCCUAGUGCUGUGGCUAGCUUGAAUGAGCUUGAUUUUACUGGCCGUGCUAGUGGUCCGAAGGAUGAACUUCCGUGGAAAGUUAGAGCAUCCGUCAUACAAUCUUUCCGUGCGUAUCAUGGGGCUCUGAGAUCUUUCGCUGUUUGUCAGAAUGAGUGUACAGUAUUCACAGCUGGAGUUGGUCCGAACUUCAAAGGAAAUAUUCAGAAGUGGGAACUGUCACGAGUUGAUUGUGUGUCAUGCUAUAAUGGCCAUGAUGAGGUUGUGAAUGACAUUUUUAUUUUAGCUUCUUCUGGAAGGGUAGCUUCUUGUGAUGGAACAGUACAUAUAUGGAAUGGACAAACUGGGAGACCAAUUUCUAUAUUUUCUGAGAAUUCCUUACUUUCGACGCAGUCGAAAGAAAGAGACGAAGACAAUAUGCUUCAUUUCAAUCCAUUACCAACCGGAAUGGUAAGCACUGCUUUUCAUGGGAAUUCAUACACUACCAUGGACUAUUUGGAAUUCAAGGAUAGGCUUCUUGUGGGUACUGGAAAUGGAUCUCUAAGAUUCAUUGAUGUCAAUCGAGGUCAGAAACUUCAUCUUUGGAGGAGUGAAUCCAGUGGCUAUAGUUUCCCAUCCCUUAUAUCAUCCAUUUGCUCUUCUAGCUCGGUCAAAGAGCGUCCGGAGGAAAGUGGUGGCCCUCCAUCGUGGAUUGCAGCUGCAUUCAGCAAUGGUUAUUGCAGGCUAUUUGACAUGAACAGUGGAAAAAUUAUUUCUUCCUGGCAGGCACAUGAUGGAUAUGUGACAAAGCUAGCUGCAGCUGGAGAUCAUCAGCUUGUUUCUAGCUCUCUCGACAAAACCGUGAGAAUUUGGGAUUUGAGAAGGAAUUGGACAGCAGAGCAUACAGUUUUUAGAGGUUAUAGUGAUGGAGUUUCUGGUUUCUCUUUGUGGGGGCAAAAUGUGAUCUCCAUUUGUAGAAAUAAGAUUGGCCUCUCCUCUUUACGGAGCUCUGCAGACGAAGACGGGAAUUACCGAGCGAGCCCUCAGCAUCUGUAUAUGGCUGAUGGGGAGUCAAAGAACACGUCAGUCCUCUCAGCCAUUAGUAUUCUACCGUUUUCCCGCCUUUUCCUGCUCGGAACUGAGGACGGUCAUUUGAAGAUUUGCUGUUAG